CAGGCUUUCUAUCAUUAUCAGUGAUGUAGUUUAGUGUACAACAUAGUUAUCUAAGUUUUUUGUGACUACCUGAUAGAUAAUUAGUCUAGUACAAUCUAAUUUAGGACAGGUAUAACUGAUAGCUACCCACUAGCAUAUAAUCAGUAUGCUAACUAUACAGCAGGAAGCAAGGCUCACAAUCCCUCAGUCCAAUAACAUAAUGGCAGAGGGAGGGUCUAACCAGCUUGUUCAUCAGUCAGUUGAUAAACCCAUCCCAGGUCGGGACGCUCAAGUGCCUGUCGAUGUUACAAGCCGGUCAGCCCAGGAGCCUCUGAGGAUCAGAGGACAGACAACAUGUCCAAAUCACCUGGACAAUGAAAUCCAGUAUCUGUGUCAAGAUUGUAACCAGCUAGCAUGUGUGAAAUGUGUUACCAGUGUUCAUCAAAGCCACACUCUUGAUGAUUUUGAGAGAAAAGUUAUUCCAAAGAAGGAGUUGGAAAUUAAAUGUUUCAUAGAUGAAGAUAAACAAACUCUUGAAAAACUAAAAGCAGAAAUAGAUUCAGCCAACAUCAAGAAUGAAUGGAUUGCUUCGCACUUUGCUGAAUGUCACCAGGAAAUUGAAGAGAACAGUAAAGCCAUAGCAAUACUUAUCAGCAAACAGCUAGAGAAGAAACAACAGGACCUGAAGCAGGUUCAGGAUGAAAAUAAUGCCAAACUGAUGAAAUAUAUAGAAGGACUAAUAUGCAAACAAUCAGAAAUAGGCAACAGGAUUGAGGAAUAUGAGAGAACCCUCAAAACUGGAUCAAAUAUCCAGAAGUAUGAGUUAGACAUGGAUCCAAACACUGGUGCUCCAGUAACCAAGCCUCUGCUGACUAAUUUUGGCUUUGUCCCAACCCCUCAGGACAAGGCCUCAACUCUCUUAGAAGAGGCCAGUGGCCAAUUGACAGAAACAUCCAAAACCCAGGGUGACGAAAUAGACAAAAUUCCUAAACUGACAUUCUGCUCCGAGACAAAAAUUCUACAGGAGUUUGAUGUACAAGACGUGAAUUUUAAAGUUUGCAACAUUUGUCCUGUUUCCGAUGAGAUGUCAUGGGUGAGUUGUGUUAAAAGUUCAGCUGUCACCCAGGUCAAUCACGCUGGUACGAUUUUAAAGCAGGUCAUGUUUGAUGGACAAGUCAACGGAAUCUGUGUCUCUCCCUCGACAGGAUUACUCUGGGCAUGCUCAUCAUUUGAAUGUAGCAUCUACAACGUCACCAGUGGUGGCAGACCAUGUCCACUGUUCAUGUCCAACACCAUACCCUGGAGUCUUUGUGUAACUCAGGCUGACACUGUCGUCGUGGGAAUGACAGGCAAGGUCAAAAGUUACACAGCUGAUGGUAAGGAACUGUUCAGUCAGACCAUAGGAGAUGCUCAGAAAGCGACCAAGAUAAGUGAAUGUCCACUAACUCACAAUCUGGCCAUACUAACCUGCCACCUUCAGAAAGACCAGGCUUCCUUUAUUUUGAUAGUAAAAGAAAAUCUUGAGGAACUCUUUCAUUUUCAACCAGUGCUUGGUACCAGGAAUGUUGUUCCAACAGAUGUACGAUACGACACGAUGGGAAAAUUGGUAGUAGCCAUUGCAGGGCGGAACCAACUGCUGUACCUCGACGACAUCGGCAAGUUCAUCAAACUGCUGUAUUCCUUUCAGCAGAAGUUCAAUAGAGAGGCAGCCAUAGGUCCCUACCUUGGCAUUGACAAAGAAAAUACUCUGUGGGCAGUGUUUUAUCAUGAUCAUCAACAUGCCUGCCGGGUACAACAACUUAAGUACUGCAGACCGAAGAAACAAGAGUGCUCUAUUAGUUAAGUACUGCAGACCGAAGAAACAAGAGUGCUCUAUCAGUUAAGUACUGCAGACCGAAGAAACAAGAGUGCUCUAUCAGUUAACUUUCUCAAGAUUGCUCAUAUUUGUGGAAGAAUUGUAUUUUCUUCAAAUGAUAGACAGUUUAUAGAUUUGUCACAUUAUUAUAUCACACCUGUGUGACUAUUCCAUGGCAAAUUGACUUUUACAGAAAGAAACCAUGAUUAGAAGCUUUUGUGAUAUUUUUGUGUGAGAGUGGAAGAAAUACUGCAUGCAUCUAUUUGGAAAACCUAGUGAAAUUUGCAUUUUAAAGAUUGAAAUACAAAAAAAACAAGGUGAUCUAUAUUGAUCCAGAAUGACAUAAAAAUAACAGAAUGAGGACGUACAAUUAUCAUUUAGUUUAGUGCAAGAAAACAAUUCCUGAGUGGAUUUCUUCUAGAAAAUAACGGGAAAAAAAACAAGCUAAGAGGAAUGCAGAUAGACUUUUGACCUUGAGAAGUGAUGUGAUACGUAGCUCACUGUGCAUCUAACUUAUCUAAUGUUCAUGUGACCAAAUUGGACCUAUGUUAUACUUUUUCUGGGCUGUUAUCCUGAUGAGUAUAAUCUAAUACAUGUUAAAAACACUGAAACUUAAAAUUUACUGUCUGUAGAGCUUCAAAACAAUCACCUAUGUACAGGAAUCAAAAUUGUUUGUAAACUUUUGAUACAUAUUUUUUUGUCAUUUUUUCUUGAAAACCUUGUUAAUCUAUGAUGAACAACUGGGCUCUGAAAUCCUUAUCUAGCAUGAUUAGCGUGGACAAGCAUCGACAUCUGACCCGUCACUUUGACUUUAAUUGUUGGGAUAAGAACCUGUGUAUGGUGCAAUGACAGGUAUAAUCUUGUCAAUCAAAUACAUAUCAUGAGGUUUCAUAGGAUCAGAGUGAUUUGACUUUGUAUUUGUAACUGUUCCUUACUGACUUGCAUACUCAUAUUUUUCAACUUUUAUCAAAUAAUAUGGAAUGAUUCAGUAAUUUGAUUCCUGACAAUAGCCGUGAUUAAUUAACCUCUCACAAUACAUUAACUUUGGGCUAAUGGACAGAUGUCGUCAGGUGGCACUCAUCUUUCACCAAGACAGCUGAGGGUUUAAUUCCAUGAUCAGACGUGAGAAGGUAUGAGGUCACCUGUCUGACCAAGUGGGUUUUCCCCGGGUACCCGGUU